AUGGAUAUUGCAUUUGGCAUUUGUCACAAAACGAUAUGGUUUCCAAAAGCUGCUGAGUAUUUAGAUGAGCAUGUUGCGGUUGAUAAAUGGGCAAGGUGCUUCUUUAAAGGAGACAAGUACAACUUGGACACAAGCAAUGCGUGUGAGUCUAUGAAUAGUGUCUUCAAGAAGGCAAGGAAGUAUGCCUUAUUACCGUUGAUUGAUGCAUAUGUUGAAAAAAUCUCUGAAUGGUUCAACAAGCAUAGGAAAGACACUGCAUAUGCAUCAGAUUCGAAGACAUUGGUGCCCUAUGUUGAGAACCAGUUGCAUACUCUAUGUGCAAUUGGUACAAGAUUAUUUGUCACUGAGCUUAACGCUAUUCAUCUGGAAUACAGUGUGAUUGGAGAUGAUGGGAAGAGUUAUCUGGUCGAUUUGUUAAGUAAAUGUUGUAGCUGUAGGCGUUUUGAUAUAGACAAGAUUCCCUGUGUUCAUGCAAUAGCCGCUGACAUUGCAAUGAUGCGUUCGGCUGAGGGAAUCCACUUACAUGAGUUGUGCUCAAAAUAUUACCACAUUGAUACUUGGGCCCUGGCUUAUUACAGGACUAUUUAUAUGGUGCCACAUCAGUCUACAUGGAUUAUACCUGAUGAAAUCCAGAAGUUAGUCGUUUUACCACCGGACUACACUAAGAAACGUGGAAGAAAGCGAGAUAAGCGCUAUCCCUCUACCGGAGAAGCUCGCCGUAAAGGAUAUAACACGUCACAACCGGGAAUACAUCUCGGACGUUGGUUUCAGCCAUUAAACCCUCGCCAAAAUCAAAGUGGGAACCAAAGUGGAAAUGAAAGUGGGAACCAAAGUGGAAAUGAAAGUGGCAACCCAAUUUAG